CCACCGAGGUUGAGCUGAAGUGACCAGGAUCCUGUUAAUUGCGGAUGUCCCUCACCAAUUCAAGCGUCUUUCUGCUUAAUGAGGGUUCAGCCGAUUCCUACACUAGUCGACCGUCGGAUUCCGACCUGUCCCUGGAGGAGGACCAGGAGGCGUCUCGGCGUGAAGCCGAGCGCCAGGCUCAGCAGCAGCUGGAGAGAGCCAAGUCUAAACCAGUAGCAUUUGCAGUAAAAACUAAUGUGAGUUACUGUGGGGCCCUUGAUGAAGAUUGUCCAGUCCAAGGUGCUGCUAUUAACUUUGAAGCCAAAGACUUUCUGCACAUUAAAGAGAAAUACAACAACGACUGGUGGAUUGGCAGGCUGGUGAAAGAAGGGGCGGACAUCACUUUCAUCCCGAGCCCAGUCAAACUGGAAGCCAUUAGGAUCAAACAGGAGCAGAAACAAGCAGCAAGGAAAACAGGAAAUGCUUCCUCCGGAGGCUGGAGGUCUACCCCUCCGUCUGCAGCCAAACAGAAGCAGAAACAGACUGAGCAUGUUCCUCCAUAUGAUGUGGUUCCAUCUAUGCGGCCAGUGGUGCUGGUGGGUCCUUCAUUGAAAGGCUAUGAGGUAACAGACAUGAUGCAGAAAGCCUUGUUUGACUUCCUGAAGCACAGAUUUGAUGGCAGGAUCUCCAUUACGAGGGUGACUGCUGAUUUGUCACUUGCUAAGCGCUCAGUGCUGAACAAAAAGGCCAUCAUGGAACGAUCCAACACACGCUCCAGUCUGGUUGAGGUGCAGAGUGAGAUUGAGAGGAUCUUUGAGCUGGCCAAGUCUCUUCAACUGGUCGUUCUUGAUGCAGACACCAUCAACCACCCAGCACAGCUCCUCAAAACAUCGUUGGCUCCCAUCAUCGUCUAUGUCAAAGUCUCUUCACCUAAAGUUCUUCAGAGGUUGAUCAAGUCACGAGGGAAGUCACAGAGCAAACACCUCAAUGUCCAGAUGAUGGCAGGGGACAAGCUGGCUCAGUGUCCGCCUGAAAUGUUUGAUGUGAUUCUUGAUGAGAACCAGCUGGAAGAUGCAUGUGAACAUCUGGCAGAGUAUCUGGACAUUUACUGGCGUGCCACUCACUUCCCUUGUUCUGCUCCAGUCAACAACCCCUUACUGGACCAAAGUGUGAUCACCCCACCCUCAGCUAACUCCAGCCAACAGUUUUCUGAGACUCAAGAAUUGAUAGAAUGAUCACUGUCACAAACACAGCCUCCUGCUCCUCUGCAGGAACAUCCUGUGCUCGCCACUGGGGUCACGCUACGAGGUCAUAGAGCACGGGAACUGGGGCGCCACCAGGGGGCAGCAUCAGCAACCCUUAUCUCACUGUAGCCAGCCACCGCCUUCUCUGGUUAAAAAAGGGGUGGAGUGGAGACCAAGAGGUGAGCCCCCUGAGCGAGAAGGAGCAGGAGGCUGGUGUGCCAGAGCAAGA